UCCCAGCAUCCCAAGCGGUACAGCUAGCAAGCCAAACCGGCUUUUGACAAAUAUUUCCUAUAACAAAUCAUUUGUGGGUGCAAAACCAAUUUCAGAUUAAUAGAUAGGAAACGGACAUUAUUGAUGUUGCAUACUGAAUAGGUCUGUAUGUUCUGGAUAACAUAAAUGUGCCUCAACAACCCUACAUCGUUGCAACAAAACAAAAAUACUAACUUAGCUAGCUAAUGCUUUUAGCCUUAGUAUAGGCAACAACAAAACACAUGUAUAGUUAACAAGCUAGGUCACAGAUGAAAGCGUUAGUUAUAAGUAUCUCUGGCUAGGUAGCUAUUUUUACUCGAUUACAAGCUCGGGUACAUCAAGUAAUGUAGCAUGUCAGAACGAAAGAGGACGCAAAUAUCCGUACCUGAGUCCGAGGACCAAGUAAAAAAGGGCGUGUCACUGAGACAGGUGAGGUCUACCGUCCAUGACCAUGAGAGGGAUGAUGUUAAACCAGGGACAGUGAAGAGUCAGUACUUCUCCAAGGAGGGGUACCCUCAAAGGCUUGGAGAAGAGUUCUUCAACCAGCCCUGUAUAAGUUUGGCUAAAGCAUUCCUGGGAAAGGUAUUGGUGCGUCGGAGUGCGGAUGGCACUGAGCUGAGAGGGAGGGUGGUGGAGACUGAGGCCUACCUGGGAGGAGAGGACAAGGCCUCUCACUCUGCUGGGGGAAAAUGCACUGAGAGGAACACAGCAAUGUUUAUGAAACCUGGCACCAUCUAUGUAUACCCCAUCUACGGCAUCUACCUCUGUAUGAAUGUUUCCAGUCAAGGGGAGGGUGCUGCCGUGCUUCUGCGCGCUCUGGAGCCUCUACAUGGCCUGCCUCUAAUGAGGCAGCUGCGGACAGCCAGGCGGAGGGACGGGGCCCGGCCCCUGAAGGACAAGGAGCUAUGCAAUGGUCCCUCAAAGCUGUGCCAGGCCCUGGACAUACCACGCUGCUUCGACCGGAGAGACCUAGCCUCAGAGCCAGAGGUGUGGCUGGAGAGGGACCCCCAGAUAGGACCGCAGGAGCCAGACCUCAAGGAGGUGGUCUCAGCAAGCCGGAUCGGCAUUGACUCUCAUGGGGAAUGGGCCACCAAACCCCUGCGCUUCUAUCUGCGUGGUCACCACUGUGUGAGUGUAGUGGACAAACAGGCAGAGACAGAGAGUUGAAACUGGGAAUAUUUUUGGAAUUGUAUCAAACCAUGAUGAGUACAUACUUAACGUUUUUUUCUUAACUAUAACCAGGUUUUUACAGACAUAAUGCUAGAGCAAGUGAAAACAUGUCAGCUAUGAGCUAUUUCAGUAAUUUGGUCUAGCUAUGGGGAAAUCAUUGCAUAAGACCCCAAGCCAAAAUGUUUGCUCCGAGGGGAAUCCAGACUCAAUAGAUACACACAUUGUUGCACAAACACAAAUCCCACAGAUAUGGAAUAUGCCAUAUUUGUAUGCUACAAAUGAUUAAACUACAUUCCAAACAUCUGUAAAAUAUUUGAUCUAGCCUCCCCUCCCUGCUAUCAAAGCAACUAGAAUUUCCAUUCCAGUCAUUCUCAAUCUUCCACCUGUUUUUUAAUAAAAGUCCUUGCUU